AAAGUACCUACUUUCUCGGUCGUACUUUCCUCAAUCUUUGUCUUGGAAAGUCAGUCUAUCGCUCUUUCCUUUGCCGAGACUCUAUACAUUACAUCUUUCUCCACGUGCAUGACGUCGGAGUAGGUACCUUAUCUGUACCUCUACAACCUUCAAGCCUCAACACCUCAGCAUAUUUGUCGCGAUAACCCCCCGAGCCUAAGUAUAAGACACCAAGGUUUCCCCUCCUUCCUUUCCAACGUCCCUCUGGUCCUGGUAACCCUUCCGAACCUGUGACCAUGGCGGCGGAAUAUCCCAAGCAUCCGUUCCUCCUCUCCGUUGAGGAGACGGCACAGGCCCUUGGCACCAGCAUUGACAAGGGCCUUACCAGCCAACAGGUCGCCGAGGCUCAGCAAAAGUACCCGCUGAAUGAGCUCGAUGUCGGCGGCACAAUCCCUUGGUACAGCAUUCUGACCAAGCAAUUGCUCAAUGCUAUGAUUAUUGUCCUUGCAUUUGCCAUGGCUCUGAGCUUUGGUAUCAAAGAUUACAUCGAAGGUGGUGUGCUUGUCUUUGUUAUUGUUCUCAACGUUACCAUUGGUUUCUGGCAAGAGUACCGCGCUGAGAAGCGAAUGGAUGCUCUCCGAGCUCUCUCUUCUCCCAGUGCCAUGGUUCUCCGUGACGGAAAGACACAGGUCAUCUCCAACCCCGAGGUCGUUCCCGGCGAUAUCGUUCUCCUCAAGAUGGGUGACACCGUCCCCGCCGAUCUCCGACUAUUCGAAGCCAUGAACCUUGCCUGCGAGGAAGGUCAGCUUACCGGCGAAUCCAUCCCCGUCGAAAAGAUCACCGAUAACAACAUUACUGCUCCUGGAACGGAGAAGCUUGUUCAGUCUGAGGAGGAGAUUGGCAUUGGUGACCGUGUCAACAUGGCCUACGCUACUACUAUUGUCCGAAAGGGCCGUGGCCGUGGCAUUGUCACUGCUACUGGUAUGGUCACUGAAGUCGGUAAGAUCGCGGCCUCUACCUCCAAGAAGCAGCGCAAGGCAGGUCGUUCCAUGAACUGGCGCAAGUAUGGUAAGCGACAGCCUGUCGUUGGUCUUUCCAAGCGUAUCUACGAUGUCGUUGGCAAGUUCCUGGGUCUUACCGAGGGUACACCUCUCCAGAGGAAGCUCUCCGCCCUCGCCUAUGUACUCUUUGGCUGUGCCGUCAUCUUGGCCAUUAUCGUGUUUGCUGUCAACAAGUUUAACAUGCAGAAUGAGGUGAUUAUCUAUGCGACUUCGCUGGGUAUUGCUAUCAUUCCCGAGUCGCUUGUUGCUGUCUUGACCAUCACCAUGGUUGUUGCCGUUACUGUCAUGCGAAAGGCCAACGUCGUUGUCCGUGAUCUUUCCGCUCUUGAAGCCCUCGGAGGAGUCACCAACAUUUGCUCCGAUAAGACUGGCACCUUGACAGAGGGAGCUAUGAUUGUCCGCAAGGUCUGGAUCCCCUCGUCUCACAUCUACACUGUCCGGGAGUCUCAGAGCCCCAACGAUCCCACGAAGGGCAAGGUCACCUACUCCAAGCAGGAUGAGUCCGAGCCUGAGGAGAAGGAGGCUCCCCGUGAUUACGACCGCGAGCGAAGUGCUGCUGUCCUCAAGUUUGAUAUCCCCGACGAUAAGGACAAGGCUACCAAGCUCGCCGAGGCCGCUAGCCCUGAGGUGGAUUGCGAGAUGACGGAUGAGCUCCAAGCUUUCCUGCUAUCUGCUGCUCUUUGCAACCUGGCCACUGUUCGCUACGACGAGGAAGAGGAGAAGUGGCAGACAACCGGCGAGCCUACCGAGAUCGCUCUUCAGGUCUUUUCCCAUCGCUUCAAUGCUGGUAAGAAGACCCUCGAGGGUCAAGGCUGGAAGCAGACUGCCGAGUUCCCCUUUGACAGCUCCAUCAAGCGCAUGUCGGUCAUCUAUGAUGUUCCCAACGAUGCGACUGGUUCCAUCAUUGAUCCUGAGAAGAGUUUGGUAUUCACCAAGGGUGCUGUCGAGCGUGUCCUGGACCUUUGCGAUUACGUUGGCACUGGUGAUAACCAGCAGCCUGUGACUGAGGAGUUGAAGGAGACUGUUCUCAACCAGAUGAACGCCCUUGCAUCUCAAGGUCAGCGUGUUCUUGCUAUUGCUUACCGUCCCUGGCAUGGUCGCUUCACUGCGAAGCAGGCCUCUACCGCUGCUGAAGAUGAGAAGCUCCGUGCCGAAGUUGAGCAGGGUCUUACUCUCCUUGGUCUUGCUGGUAUCUACGAUCCUCCUCGCCGCGAGACAAAGCCUUCGAUUGCUGAGUGCUCCAACGCUGGUAUCCGCGUUCACAUGCUUACUGGUGAUCACCCCGAGACUGCCAAGGCCAUCGCCAAGGAGGUUGGUAUCAUUCCCCGAAACCUUGGUAUCCUGCCCGAUCAUGUUGCCCAGUCGAUUGUCCAAAAGGCUACCGACUUUGAUCGCAUGACUGAUGAAGAGAUCGACGCCCUUGAGGAACUUCCUCUGGUUGUUGCCCGUUGCGCCCCCGACACCAAGACCCGCAUGAUCGAUGCCCUUCGCCGGCGCGGUGCCUUCAUGGCCAUGACUGGUGACGGCGUCAACGAUGCCCCAUCUCUAUCUCGCGCCGAUGUUGGUAUUGCCAUGGGUUCCGGUUCCGAUGUCGCCAAGUCUGCCUCCAAGAUUGUGCUCACCGACGACAAGUUCAACUCGAUUGUUGCUGCUAUUCGCGAGGGUCGCCGCAUGUUUGAUAACAUCCAGAAGUUUGUCCUGCACCUGCUUACUUCCAAUGUGGGCGAGGUUAUUCUCCUGGUUGCUGGCCUUGGCUUUGUCGACAGCUCUGGUUUCUCUGUCUUCCCUGUCUCGCCUCUGCAGAUUAUCUGGAUCAACAUGGCUACUUCCUCGUUCCCUGCCUUCGGACUCGGCCGUGAGGCUGCUGCUCAGGAUAUCAUGCGCAAGCCCCCGCAAGAUAAGAAGCGUGGUGUCUUUACCAACCAGAUCAUCAUCGAUAUGAUUGUCUACGGUUGCAUCAUGGGCGCUUGCACCAUGUGCACUUUCUGCAUCAUCAUCUAUGGUGCCAAUGGCGGCAACUUGGGUAAGGAAUGCAACCAGCGGUACUCCGAUGAGUGUAUCCCUGUCUUCAAGGCUCGUGCCGCUACCUUUGCUGAGCUGACAUGGCUCAUCCUGAUCUCUGCCUGGGAGUUCAAGAGUCUGCGUCGAUCCAUCUUCCGCCUCAACCCCGAUGAUGACAGCAAGUUCCCCGUCUUCAAGGAUAUCUACUCUAACCGAUUCCUCUUCUGGUCUGUCAUCAUUGGCGGUCUAUCCGUGUUCCCCGUCGUCUACAUCCCCGUCAUCAAUCAUAAGUUCUUCAAGCAUACUGGCAUCACCUGGGAGUGGGCUCUGGCCGUCGGCUUCACUGUCGUGUUUGUCGCUGGUAUCGAGCUCUGGAAGAUGGUCAAGAGACACUACCACCUUCUUGAGGAUGCUCCCGUUCGUCGUGGUGUCUGGGGCCAGGGUGGUGAGGAUGGCAACAAGCUCAGCCGAACCAUGUCCCUGUCCAGCUUCAAGACAUGGGCAUCCUUCUCCCGCAAGGACACUGGCGAGUCUCUGGGCAAGCGAAGCGUUUCGCGAGGUCCUGUCGAUCGCCACAUCGUGCCUCAAGGCCUGGCGGCCACCGAGGCGUAAUCUUUACGAAUGUUAUGGUUAUAAUAUGAGAGUAAUGUGGAGGAUUGCAUCAAAAGUACGAGAGAAGAGGUGCAUCAGCUGGGAAAAGAUUUGAUGAUUGAGGGGGAAUGGUGCAUCUGUUGAUAUGUCGGAAGUUGAUGACUAUUGAUAUCACUUGUUUUUUGUAGUUAUGUUCGAUGAGAACCUAGAUAUCCCCCGCUCCAGCAUAGAAGGCUGGUUGCGAAUUCACUGCUUCAUGAUAAGACUCGUUUAAUUCUUC